AUGAGACCAGGACACAUUUGGCUGCAUCUUGCACUGCUUGGGGCCUCCCUGCCUGCUGCGCUGGGAUGGACAGACCCAGGAACCAGAAGAGGCCCGAGCGUGGGUGUGGAGGAGUCGCAGGCAGAGGAAUCCAGAAACUUUGAAGUCACAAGAAGAGAAGGGCUCUCGGACCACGAAGGGCUGCCGGCCUCCUGCGGGAAGAAGCUGUGCAGCCGCGGGAGCAGAUGCGCGCUCAGCAGGGAGACGGGGGAGCCCGAAUGCCGGUGCCUGGAGGCCUGCAAACCCAGCUAUGUGCCCGUGUGCGGCUCCGAUGGGAGGUUUUAUGAAAACCACUGUGAGCUCUACCGAGCCGCUUGCCUGCUGGAGAGGAAGAUCGCCAUUGUCCGCAGCAAGGACUGCUUCCUUAAAGGUGACCCAUGCACCAUGGCCGACUAUGCCCGCCUGAAGAAUGUCCUUCUGGCACUUCAGACCCACCUGCAGCCACUCCAAGAAGGGGACAGCAGACGAGACCCUGCCUCCCAGAAGCGCCUCCUGGUGGAAUCUCUAUUUAAAGACUUGGAUGCAGAUGGUGAUGGCCACCUCGGCAGCUCUGAACUGGCUCAGCACGUGCUGAAGGAGCAGGACCUGGAGGAGGGCUUCCUGGGAUGCUCACCAAGCGACCUCCUUCGAUUUGAUGACUACAACAGCGACGGCUGGCUGACCCUCCGAGAGUUCUACACAGCCUUCCAGGUGGUUCAGCUCAGCCUCGCCCCGGAGGAGAGGGUCAGUGUGACCACAGUGACCGUGGGGCUGAGCACAGUGCUGACGUGUGCUGUCCGCGGAGACCUGCGACCCCCCAUCGUCUGGAAGCGCAACGGGCUCGCCCUGAACUUUCUGGAUCUGGAAGACAUCAAUGACUUCGGCGAGGACGACUCCCUCUACAUCACCAAGGUGACCACCAUCCACAUGGGCAACUACACCUGCCACGCCUCCGGCCACGAGGAGCUGUUCCAGACCCACGUCCUGCAGGUGAAUGUGCCACCAGUCAUCCGCGUCUACCCGGAGACCCAGGCACAGGAGCCAGGGGUGGCUGCCAGUCUGAGAUGCCACGCAGAGGGCAUUCCUAUGCCCAGGAUCACUUGGCUGAAAAACGGCAUGGAUGUCUCAACUCAGAUGUCUAAACAGCUCUCCCUUUUAGCCAACGGGAGCGAGCUCCACAUCGCCAGCGUCCGGUAUGAGGACACAGGGGCCUACACCUGCAUCGCCAAAAACGAAGUGGGUGUGGACGAAGAUAUCUCCUCACUCUUUAUUGAAGACUCGGCCAGAAAGACCCUUGCGAACAUUCUCUGGCGCGAGGAAGGCCUCAGUGUGGGAAACAUGUUCUACGUCUUCUCCGAUGACGGCAUCAUCAUCCUGCGCCCUGCGGGCUGCGAGAUCCAGAGGCACCUCAAACCCACUGAGAAGAUCUUCAUGAGCUAUGAAGAAAUCUGUCCUCAAGGGGAAGGAGAUGCCACCCAGCCAUGCCAGUGGGCGUCAGCAGUGAACGUCAGGCACCGGUACAUCUACGUGGCCCAGCCGACACUGAACAGAGUCCUCGUGGUCGAUGUUCAAGCUCAGAAAGUCCUACAGUCCAUAGGUGUGGACCCUCUGCCGGCUAAGCUGUCCUAUGACAAGUCACAUGACCAAGUGUGGGUCCUGAGCUGGGGGGAUGUGCACAAGUCCCACCCAAGCCUCCAGGUGAUCACGGAAGCCAGCACCGGCCAGGGCCAGCACCUCAUCCACACACCCUUUGCAGGAGUGGACGACUUCUUCAUUCCCCCAACAAACCUCAUCAUCAACCACAUCAGGUUCGGCUUCAUCUUCAACAAGUCUGAGCCUGCAGUUCACAAAGUCGACCUGGAGACGCUGAUGCUCCUCAAGACCAUCGGGCUGCAGCGGCACGGCUGCCUGCCUCAGGCCAUGGCCCACACCCACCUGGGCGGCUACUUCUUCGUCCAGUGCAGACAGGACCGCGCCACUGCUGCUGCUCCACAGCUGCUGAUCGACAGUGUCACCGACUCCGUGGUUGGCCCCAAUGGUGGCGUGAUCGGCACCCCACACACGUCCCCUGACGGUCGCUUUGUCGUCAGCGCGGCUCCCACCAGCCCCCAGCUGCACGUGCAGGAGGUCACGCUGCGGGGAGAGAUCCAGACCCUCUAUGACCUGAAAAUAAGCCAGGGCAUCUCCGAUGUGGCAUUCCAGCGUUCCUUCACCCACAGCAACCAGUACUAUGUCUACGCCACACUGGAGACAGAGCCCGACCUGCUGUUCCUAGAGCUGCCCACGGGGAAGGUGGGCGUGCUGAAGAACUUCAAGGAGCCGCCCACGGGGCCAGCCCAGCCCUGGGGAGGGCCCCGCAGGAUCGUGAGGGACAGCGGGCUGUUCGGACAGUACCUCCUCAUGCCAGCCCGGGAGUCACUGUUUCUCAUCAAUGGGCGACAAAACACACUGCGGUGUGAGGUGUCGGGCAUAAAGCAGGGGACCACGGUGGUGUGGGUGGGCGAGGUAUGAAGGAGGCCAGCGCAGAGCCUGGGCCACCGAGCCCCCACCUCAUCCUGAUACCACAGCC